UACUUUGAGCCUCCCUGGAUGGCUUAGGGCUUCACCCUGACCCAAGGGGAGCUGUGAUUUCUCCCAUGAGGCUUCACGGAUCUGACAGAAACUUCAGUAAAUUCCCCUCUCUUCUGAUUGGCUGCCGCCUGUUGCCCGUUGAAUAAAAAGCACAGCGCAGCUGAGCACAGGCUUAAAAAAAAAAAAGCAUUAUAUCAUUGUUGCGUACCAGCGAACAGGAGUAUUUUUGCUGGAGAGAGAGAGAGAAGGCCAACAGUAUGACUGGUAAGGAGGGAGCUGUGCUUUCAGACACAGAGAACAAACAGAGAACAGCUUCACAGAACGUCCUAAACCCUGGGGACUCCAAGCAUCAGCCUCCGGUCUGGAAGAUGGCCCCCACUGUGCAGCGGCGCACCGGCUUUGGCAUCCAGGAGCUGCUCGGCCUCAACAAGGAGCCUCCGGCGACCACGCCACGGCGGCCCCUGGAGACUCUGCCGCACAGAGCGCACGUCCUGGCCGCCAGGUCGGCCCUCGGACACGCAGGGCUCGGAGUCGGCAUGGGUUUCCUGGGCCCGGAGAGUAUACACGCGUUUUACGGCCAACCUGCUUUUCUGGAGGUGCUGUCCGAGGCGCAAAAUGUGCACCUGCAGCCACUGCACAGGGCGCCGCAGAUGGAGCCCCAAGUGGAGGCUCAACACUCGGGCGCCAGCUCUGAUUCAGAUGACUUGAGUUCCUCCGGUGAUCCGAAAUUCUCCACCUCAUCCAUGUGUCAAAGCAAGAAGAGAAAGAAAAGAAGACACAGAACCAUUUUCACAUCCUACCAGCUGGAGGAAUUGGAGAAGGCGUUUAAUGAAGCUCACUAUCCAGAUGUUUACGCCAGAGAAAUGCUGUCCAUGAAAACUGAGCUGCCAGAGGACAGAAUACAGGUGUGGUUUCAGAACCGCAGAGCCAAGUGGAGGAAGAGGGAGAAGUGUUGGGGGCGCAGCAGUGUGAUGGCAGAGUACGGCUUGUACGGCGCAAUGGUCCGCCACUCCAUCCCCCUGCCUGAGUCCAUCCUCAAGUCAGCCAAGGACGGCAUCUCGGACUCUUACGCUCCCUGGUUAUUGGGUAUGCAUAAGAAGUCAGUUGAUCCUUCACACCCCUCCCAAGGUAAAACCAUAAGCAGCAAGCCGCCAACACCGCCGCCUGGGCAGGAGAAAACGGGAGACAAAGUGAUGGAAGAAGAGGAGGAGAGACAAAGUAAAGACACCAGUUUGUCCAUUUCUAAGGAGGAACUGAGGGAGUGCAGUAUUGCUGUGCUGCGAGCAAAGGCACUGGAGCACAGUGCAAAGAUGCUGGAGACUGUUUCAGACCUGGUGCACAGAGGGGAAGCGCAACAUGAGGAGACAGCGCAGCAGGAGAAGAGCAACUGAAAAGGAAAAAGUAUCACAAGGAUUGAUGAUGGAAUACCAACAGAGAUGAGCCUGCUAUGUUGUUUGAUUGGUGGGACUGAGUCCUGGACUCCUGUUUGGUACUGCUACUGGUGCCACAGCAAAUAUGGGUACCAAAUCCUGGGAACAUUACAAGAUUAAAACAUUGUUUUCAGGCGAUCAAAGCGUGGUGUACAUAUUUAAAGUGUCUGACGGUUUCAUGACAUGUACUUAUUUGUCCCUUUAUAAAUGUGACUGUAGUUUAA